UAGUGGAAUUAUUUAAAAUUUUACACUUUGGCAAUACUUUUUUCUUAAAACUCUGAUUUUUGUCAAAAUGACGGUGUAGUACUUCAGCAGAAUUCUGGCAGGAUUUAGUGGUUAUUAAAGCGGGAAUGCAGCCAUGAAAAGAGUACAACAAACCAGAAUGUCAAUGCCAAAUAUGUAUAAUCAACAGCAAUAUUCUGGCCACAGUACGAUAAACAACCGACCGCCGCCACCGAUGAGGCCACCAAAUUAUGUCAGACAGUUUACCCAGCGAGGCUUUUUGUGCAACCAGUUUAAUCAUGUACGAGGUCCAAUGAAUUACACACUACCUGCUCCAUUACCACCAAACCACCCUACACAACCCCCUUUACCACCAAACCGUUCAUUGGGACCGUUUAUACCGCCAGCACCUUAUCAUAUGCCACACCCACCUCCACCACAUUUUCAACCCCCACCCCCACCACAAGAAGAUAAAGUUCCAAUCCACAUUGAAGCUAAACCUCCUCCUCCAAGCACUACAGAAAAAUGGUGGUUAUCUGAGUUGCAAUCUAUGAAAGACACCGACCCACUAAAAUUUCAACUACAAAAACUAAUCCAAGAAGAUUGGUUCAUUGGUUUAAGCACAAUUCAACAAAUUGAGUGCUGGCAGCACAAAAUGGAAUUAAAAUCACAAAAAUUAAACCAAGAUACAAACAAGUUACACUCGAAGAAUCUUGAAAAGUUGGAUAAAUCUUCAAAAACCAAAACUACAGAAAUUUUACCAGAUAUUGAAAAUAAAGUUCAAUCUAUUGAAUGCUUAUCACAGCAAGAUGUGGAAAUACCCAAGUGGGAGCUAACACUGGGAGAAGACGUUUGUGCAACAAGGCAACAAUUCAAAAUUCACUAUGAAAAACUAGUGAAAAAGGCUGAGGUGUUUAAUGAGCAGUACAAGGAAUGGCAAAAGCAAUUUCAUGAUUGGAAAAACCGACAUAAGACACAUCCAAAUCAAGCACAAUUUUUUCAAUAUGAAAGUCAGUGGAAACAUUGGGAGGAAGAAAUGCUGAAACAAACUAAUUCUAAUAAGGCCAACAUGGAACGAUUGCAAUAUAAUAUAUCGGCUAUUAACAAGCACAUUGAGGACCAAGAAGCAAAACAAAAGCCUAAUAUGUGUCAUGAAAGAUAUGAAGCAAAAGAGGAAAAAACUGUGCUGAUUCCACCCCCCUUUAAGCCUCCUAUAAUGAGUCCAAGUAACAGUUGUAAACAAAAGAAUGAACCUGAAAACCCUAAUUGGAAUAAUUUCAGUAAAGCAUCAAACACAAAUAUUGUUCGACCGUUUCAUACCAACAGCUUUAAACAUGAACAGUCUCAAAAUUAUAGCACGGUUCAUAGUUCUAAAAAUAAGAGAUUAUCCAAUCCUGGUCAUCAAUUUUCGAAGGUAAGUACAGAAAUAUACCAUUCAAGGCAUCCAAGUCCAGCACCGUUACAUUCAAGAAAACGAGUUCAAAGGUUUCCGUUUCACAAUCAUACAAGAACCUCCCAUCUACAGCAGGAUAAUAAAACCUUAAGAGGAACAUCAUUACCACAUUCACAAAACUACAUUCCAUCAACAAAUAUACAGCACACAAAUACUUUUCCUGAACACAAUCAAUUAAGUAAAGGCCAAAACUGGGCGCCAGACAAUCCUUCCAGACAUAGAGAUUUACAAACAACUUCCCAAGCUUCUCAACAAUUAGCUACGGAUGCUUUAUUAUCUGAAACAAAUUUGCAGAAACUAAAGUUUCAGCUUGCUAGUAUUAUACCCGCACAAGAUGAUAAAACUAAAAGUUUACCAGGUACCUUAAUUAAUACAGAAACAGAGAAAUCCGACAUAAAAUCUGCAGUGUUUGAAAAAGCGAAGGAACUGAGCACUGAAGAUCUCAACAACCUUCUUUCUGCUGUUCAUACUGUUUCACAAAACUCUAAUUCAAAGUAUGAUGAGCACCAUGCUAACCCAAGAAACAUGGGAGAAAACCUGAGUAUUUCUGCUUCUUCGAAUUCCAUUAAUAUUCAAUCAUUAGGUGACAAUGAUACCAGUUAUGAUCAGCUGUUAGAAAAAUAUUUAAAGAUGGAUCCUGACUUAGAAAGGGAACUUGUGUUACGAACUAUGAGGGAUAACAUGUUGAUGGAAGAAGCGAAAGCAAUUGAUCCAACUUAUCUUGAAGAUUUGAAUUCCUCUAGUCUUAACUAUGAGCAAGAAAUUCCAGAUCCAACAGAGAUGGGAAGACAAAGUAGUGGUUUUUAUUCACCUCACUUUCCUCGGGAUAUUUUGCAUCAAGAGGAUGGAUACAAGAAAGGACAAAGAAGUCUGGCAAUGGAUUAUGAAAAUGAAGAUUUUCCCAGAUAUGACAAAGCACAGAAUAUUGGGUUUACAAGAAGGAAUGAAAGAAAUAUUUCACCAAGAUUUUACAAUCAAAAUAAAUCUCACGAUGAAUUUAAUGAAAGAAAGAGAGAUAAUGAAUAUGGAGAAAAUUCAAACAUACAUAACUUCACUGGAUUUAAUAAUCGCACGCCUAAAACAAAUGAAAAAAACAGGUCUUUUAAUUCUUGGAGGCGAGAUAUUGACACCGCAAAUUGCACUUUUAAACAAAAAACUUCAGCUCCCAAAUUAUGUCGGCCUGUUUCAAGAACCAGUGCUGAAGAUAUUUUAUGUUUACCUGGCCGAUUAAGCCGACCGAAAAAGAUAGCUGUCAUUCUUCGUGGAUUGCCCGGAAGUGGAAAAACUUAUGUUGCUAAAGUCUUACGGGAUAAAGAAAAUGAGCACAAUAUAUCAUCAAGAGUUCUAUCAUUGGAUGAUUAUUUUAUAACUGAAAGUGAAAAAUCUGUCAAGGAUCCUGAUACUGGGAAGAUGGUUAAGCAGAAGAUAUUUGAGUAUGAACAUGAACCAGAAAUGGAACAAACAUAUCGAGCGAGUUUGUUAAAAUCCUUCAAGAAAACUUUAGAUGAUGGUUUCUUCACAUUUGUUAUACUUGAUUCCAUCAACGAAAAAGUGGAGCAUUUCUUUGAGUUUUAUCAAGCUGCUGAACAACAUGGGUUUAAUGUGUUUGUGGCAGAGUUGCAGUCAGAUGUUGAUGUUUGUUUUAAUCGAAACGUACACAAGCGUACAAGGAAAGAGAUCGAAGCGUUACAAUCAGUGUGGCAAGAAACACCACCAGAUUUGAAACAGUUAGACUUAUCUUUCUUCAUUAAAAACUCACAAAUUACUGAGGUAAACAUGGAAGAUGCCUCUGACACUGAAGGAGAUAUAAUGAAGACCAACCUUUCGCCGGUUGACCAACAAUUAGUGGAAGUCCCUAAAAGCAAAUGGGAAAAUGAAUCCGCCACAGCGAAACUUGAUCAGUUAGAUGGAAUUAAGAAAAGUGUUGCUAUUAAAAGAAGUAUGGAAGAUUUUCUAAGUGUAACUGAUGAUUACAACUCCAGGCACUCUGCUCCAGGCAAAAAGAGGGUAAGAUGGGCUGACAUUGAUGCUGAGGAAUCUCAAAAACGAAUGCGUGAAGUUGGUUUUGUGGUUGGGCAAACUAAUUGGACAAAAAUGAUGGAUAAAGGUCAAGGACAAAAAGCAUUAAACCAAACUAAGUUAUUCUGAUACCUAAUCGUUUUUUUUUUGGUGCAAUGUAAAAUUAAUUGUAUUUGAAAUACAGCUGCUGCAUUUAGUAUAGAAAGAUUUGUUACUUUUUCUGGCUUGGAAUGAAAUAUAUUUGUAUAUGAAAGAUUUUUUAUUAGUUUGUGCAGCCGAUGGUAUUAAUUAAUUAAUUAAUGUUUAAAAAUCAAUAUACAUCUACAAUUUAAAAUUUAUCACAAUAUCUACAUUCUACACUAUUUGGCGAUCGGUCACCCACAGUAUUUAUGGUUUUUCAUUUUUUUAUAAAAUAAAGUUCUAUGCCACAUUUUGAGUUUGGAAGACAAGGAAGUUCAUACGGUGUUUUAAUUGGCCUGUCCGUGACAAUAUGAAAUUGUUGCACAACACGCUAUUGAAUGAAUGAAUAAAACUUUCUUUAUUCUCGCGUGGACGGAAAA